AAAGUAAACGCCCCUUUUUCAGUAGGACCGCGUUUGUUUACAGUUUUACUCGGCAUGAGAAACUAAUUAUAAUAAUUGGCAGUGGCAGCAACAAGGGUGUAGUGAGGGCGGAUUGUUCAUUCUAAAUUGGUAUACUUUAUUGAACGGAAACCUUUUCUAUUAUAACACAAACACAAGGACUUCAAUUAUACAUACAGCAAAGAUGGACAAGAAGGGAAAGAAAAUUCAGUUCGGCAACAUCAGCAAAAUAAAAUUCAGCAUCGGUCCAAGUCCACCUGAGCCAGCAGCCGUCGUGGAAGAUGCUCCGGAAGCCAGCGGUGGUUUUGGGAAAUUCUCAACAGCGCAAACCGAGGAUGGCAAGCAGGCUCAAGAAGAAUUGGACGGAAUGGAAAAAAUCAUGGGAUUCAGCGGAUUUGGAAAAAAAGCCAAGCAGUUCAACCUCGAGGAGUUGGUGGCGCAGGCCAAAAAGACGGCGUCAGAGAAAAUCUCUGUUGCGGAAAAACUUGCUCCUUUAAAGCUGGACGAGGAGAAGGAGGAGAGUGAUGAAGAGUUCAUCGGCCCUCCGAUUCCAGAAGACUUGGCAGGUCCUAGCGGUGAUUCUAAAAAGGAUGAUGAGGAUAGUGAUGAAGAAGUAAUUGGUCCUUUACCUCCAAAAAAUCUCCUCGCAGAAGAGAAUAGUGACGACGACUCUGAAGAAGAAGAUGAGGGCACUCUUCAAAGCAAAAUCCCAGCCUCCCAUGAGGUGCACAUGGUGCAUGGAUCAAAAGCUGUGUUAGCUCUGUCCGUUGACCCAGCAGGUGCCAGAAUGGCUUCGGGUUCUAUCGACUACGAAGUCAAAUUCUGGGACUUCCAGGGAAUGGAUUCCACCUGUCAAAGCUUCCGUACCAUGACUCCUUGUGAAAAUCACCCUAUCAAAUAUGUGCAGUACUCGAUCACAGGUGACCUGGUGCUCAUCAUCUCUGGCAGCUGCCAAGCCAAGAUCUUGGACAGGGAUGGCUUUGAAAAGGCUGAAUUUGUGAAGGGAGACAUGUACAUUACCGACAUGGCCAACACCAAAGGCCACGUUGCCUCGCUCACUUCAGGGACCUGGCAUCCAAGGAUUAGGGAGGAAUUUCUCACAGCUGCAGAGGACAGCACAUUACGGAUAUGGGACAUGUGGAACAAGAAAAUGCAGUUGUAUGUUAUCAAGUGCCGUUCUCAGAGUGGCUUGAAGACAAACCCGACUUGCUGCACGUACAGUAGAGAUGGCAAUUUGGUUGCUUGUGUCUGCUACGACGGAUCCAUUCUAAUGUGGGACCACCGGAAGGCUUUUGUAAAUACUGCAAAGUGUCUGAGAAAUGCGCAUGCAAACCAGACCGAGGCCUCCAGCAUCACAUUUUCGCACGGAGAGCAGAUGUUCGCCACCAGAGGAGGUGACGAGACCUUGAAGCUGUGGGACUUGCGAGCAUUCAAAAAACCUGUCCAUGUUGCUGAGGAUCUAUUCUCCAGAUAUUCGACGACCGAAUGUUCAUUUAGUCCAGACGACUCAAUGGUACUAACAGGAGUGUCUAUGAAGAAAGGAGAGACUGAGGGAAAAUUAAAGUUCUUCGACAAAAACACCUUUGAACUAGUUCAAGAUCUGCCAGUCACAAAUUCCCAUGUGAUUCGAUCAAUCUGGCAUCAAAAACUGAACCAGUUACUUGUUGGCUGCGGCAAUGGAAUCAUAAAAGCUUAUUACGAUGAUAAGAAGAGCUUCCGAGGCGCCACGCUUUGCGCAAACAAAGUCAGGAGGAAAGUCAGAGAUACCCAUACAGCUGUUGGCCAGCAAAUUAUCACUCCUCACGCCCUUCCCUUGUUCCGCAAAGACAGACCCAAGUCACUGAAAAAACAAAUGGAAAAGGCCCGACUCGACCCUGUCAAGUCAAGGAGACCCGAACUGCCUCUUAUUGCGAAAGGUCAGGGUGGCAGAGUGGCAACAGGUGGAGGCACCCUCAGUUCGUAUGUUAUCAGAAAUCUGGGCAUUAGCAAGAAAAUUGAAGACGACCAGGAUCCUCGAGAGGCAAUUCUGCGCUUUGCCAAGGAUGCAGAAGAAAAUCCGUACUGGAUUGCGCCUGCUUACAAAAAGACUCAGCCAACUCCUAUUUUCCAAAGUCCUGAAGAGGAGGAAGAUGACGAUGAUGUCGAGGGCCCGUCCAACAAAAAGCAGAAAGUUUAAAUUUUAUUUAAAAAUUUAAAAUAAAGUACAACCUAAAAUUAUUUCAAAC